UCGGUCUGCACUAUUAUAACCUAUGUUCAUAACAUAUGGUACCGGGAGAAACUCUAAUACACGUGUUUUGAAAUGAAUUCCGUCCGCCAACCUGACGAGUUAAAGCUGUCAGGUAAUGUGGACGAGAACUGGAGAGUUUUCAAACAGAGUUUUGAACUUUAUACACCUGCUAUUGGACUGGAGAAUGACCAACGGCGGAAAAUAGCAUUGUUGCUAUCAGUGGCAGGGCGCAGCGCACUGGAAGUGUACAACACGUUUGUCUUCACAGAAGACGAAAAAGACAAAUACGACGCUGUGAUUGCAAAGUUUGAACAGUACUGCACACCGAAGAAAAACGAGACAUCUGAGAGGUAUGUCUUCAGAAAUAGAAUACAAAAGGAGUCGGAAUCAAUUGAAGAGUACAUUACAGACUUGAGACUAAAAAGUCAAUCAUGUAACUUUGGGACACUUUGCGACUCCAUGGUAAGAGAUCAGAUAGUGACAGGAGUGCAAGAUAAGAGAGUGAGGAUGCACUUAUUGAAGGAAACAGACCUUACUCUAGAAAAGGCAAUAAAAAUUUGCAAGGCUUCUGAGGGCGCGAAGGCGCAAAUUAAGUCAUUUUGCCGAGAGGAUGAGACCGCGGAAGUGUACACUGUGCAGCAGACUGACAGGCAGACAACUCUGAAGCGGAGGGAGCCGGAGCCGAAGCAGGAAAAGGAGACCAAGCGCUGUGGAAGGUGUGGCAACAAACACGCACCGAAGCAGUGUCCAGCGUUUGGAAAAGACUGCAGAAAAUGCGGCGGGAAAAAUCACUUCGCCAAGUGCUGCUUCUCCAAGAAAAAAGUGCAGCUUAUGGAAAAGGCAAGCCACAGCGAGGAUGAUGGCAUCACGGUCAGUGUGGGAGCUGUUGAGGACGCCAGCGGUGUUCUGGAGGAGGAACGGAUCGCACACAUCAAUGUGAACGACACAGAUGUUCCUCUGACACUGGACACAGGAGCACAGAGAGCUUUGAACUCAUUUUCUGAGGCUGACAUGGAAAAGGUAUUUGAAGAAGAUUUUCCAGAGAGCAACUCCAGUCCUAAAGCACAGAGGCCAAAAGCUGAGGAAAACCAUCCAGGAGGAGAAUGUAUAGAUUUAACUGGUGACAGUCCAACCUCUGCACGCAAACCAUCAGAAGAAGAUGAAAACAAGCUGUCCCUGAUGUCCUGGAACGUGGACGGACUUGAUACAGACAACCUCCCAGAGCGCGCCAGAGGCCUGUUCUCCUUCUUGCUCUUAUACACUCCUGAUGUGGUGUUUCUUCAAGAGCUCAUCCCACCUUAUAUUCAGUAUUUGAAGAAACGGGCUGUCAGCUACCUAAUCAUUGAAGGUGGUGAAGACGGUUACUUCACUGGCAUGAUGCUGAAGAAGUCACGAGUCAACUUUGUGGAGAGUGAGAUAGUACCAUACCCCACCACUCGGAUGGGGAGAAAUCUGCUUGUAGCUCAGGUGACUUUUAAAGGCCAGAAGCUGUGUCUGAUGACGACACACUUAGAAAGCUGUAAAGACCACUCACAGGAGCGGAUGAAACAGCUGCGAGUGGCAAUUGAGAAGAUGAGAGAAGCCCCUGCUGAUGUCACCGUCCUGUUUGGAGGGGAUACCAACCUCAGGGACACUGAGGUGGCGAAGGUGGGCCUGCCUCCCAGUGUCUGUGACGUGUGGGAGCAUCUUGGAAAGCAGAAGCACUGCCGCUACACAUGGGACACUAAAGUCAACACCAACAAGACUGUUCCCUUUGUUGCUCGCUGCCGCUUCGAUCGAAUCUUUUUCCGUGCCACUAACAAGGAUGGUGUUCCACGCCUGGCCCCUGACCACAUGGCCCUGUUUCACUACAGGCCUCAGUCUUACCCCAAACCAGAUGUGACCUCCUCCUCAGAGUCUGUGCCAAGAUUCUGUCAACACGUCUCCCUCUCCUGUCUGAGCAGCAUCCUUCAAAUCUUGGAGUGUGUUUUCGUGUACCGCUGGACGAGCAGACAGCUCAGUUUUAACAGCACCGAGCGAGGAAGAGGAGCUGACCUUAGAAGAGGACACAGAUGUGACUCUUCCCUGAGAGCAGGCGUCAUCACAGCAGACUAACCCCCCUCUCUCAUUCCUGCUCAGCAAAGGACACAUUUGGCCUGUCCAGCUCUGAUGAGUUCACCUAAAGCCUAAAACAUCACAAAUGAGCUUCUUUGUUUUGUCCUCUGGAUAUGAUGGUUUGUGUCAUUCAUGCGCUUGAGAAGUCAAAAUUUGACUGAUUUUUCGGUUUUGUUUUUCUGCCAUUUUUUUUUUUAUUGGACGUAUUUAAGCUUCAUCUUUUGUAAACAACAUUAGUAAAUGCCUGCAAAGACAUCAAUCAAACAUGCAUUUAAAUGUAUUUUUGAACUACAAUUUCCCCAUUUUUGAGCAAUAUUUUUACUAAAUUAGAUCUACUUGCAUAAUUUUCACCCCUGGACUACACCAUUUGGGGAUAUUUAAGGGAGGAGCACCCCCCCAUCAUAUUUUAAUGUGUUUUUUUAAUUUUUUUUUUUAAAGAUUUAUUUUUGGAUAGGACAGUGGAUAGAGUUGGAAACAGGGAAGAGAGCAGGGAGAGACA